UUCGUACCCUUUUUGGUUUUGAUUGAUGAAGAAGAUAAAAGCAAAAGGCAGCCGGAAUCAGGAUGAAACCUCCUCCUCCUCGGCUCACCUAUCUGCUUUUAAAAUCACCCCAACAAGCUUGAUGUGACCCUUCCUUUCUCCCUUUCUCUCCAACAUAUAAGCCAACUGUGCUCUGCUCUUCUCUUUCACUGCUCCCCCCCCAAAAGAAAUGGCUUCUUCUUCAAAGCUCCCCGUUUCCUUCCUCUUCUUCUUCUUUUUCCUUUCGUUUCUCGUUACUGCCACCCUCUCUCGUCACUCUCCGCAAGCAACGACGACGCUCGAUGUCUCUGCUUCUCUUAAACAAGCUCAGCAUAUUCUCUCCUUCGAUCCACAGUCUUUAACAUCCUUCGUUCAAGCCCAGAGUGCAGCUCCUUUCUUCAACUCUUCUUCUUCUUCUUCGUCUGUUUUCUCUAUUCCACUUCACUCUCGGGGUUCUCUCCGCAAAACCCACCACACCGACUACAAAAACCUUGUGCGUUCUCGACUCGACCGUGACUCAUCCCGGGUCGACUCGCUCACUACCAAACUCCAACUUGCCCUCAAUGGUGUCAAAAAAUCCGAGCUCCGACCGGUACCGACGGAGAUCCGACCCGAGGCGCUUUCAACCCCGGUCAUUUCGGGGACGAGCCAAGGUAGCGGCGAGUACUUUUCCCGGAUCGGAGUCGGUAACCCGAGUAAACAAUUCUACAUGGUUCUCGAUACCGGAAGUGAUAUAAAUUGGAUCCAAUGUGAACCUUGUUCGGACUGUUACCAACAAUCCGACCCGAUAUUUAACCCGUCGGGAUCCUCCACUUACAGCCCGGUUUCUUGCGAGUCAAAGCAGUGUUCUUCUCUUGAAGUUUCCGCUUGCCGUAGCGAGAAAUGUUUGUACCAAGUCUCGUACGGAGAUGGGUCUUUCACGGUCGGUGAGUUCGUCACCGAAACCGUGUCAUUUGGAAACUCCGGUAGCAUUAAUGGCGUUGCUUUGGGUUGUGGCCAUGAUAAUGAAGGGUUGUUCGUUGGAGCUGCGGGGUUGCUUGGACUCGGCGGUGGACCCUUGUCCUUAACAUCUCAGAUCAAAGCGACGUCGUUCUCAUACUGUUUAGUAAAUCGUGACUCGGCCGCGUCUUCGACUUUGGAUUUCAACUCGGGAUUACCAAGUGACUCGGUCACCGCUCCAUUACUGAGGAACCGAAAGAUCGAUACAUUUUAUUACGUUGGUCUGACCGGGUUCAGCGUUGGUGGCCAACCGGUUCAACUCCCACCGGGCCUUUUCGAUAUGGACGCAUCAGGUAACGGAGGAGUCAUCGUAGACUGCGGCACCGCCGUAACUCGGCUGCAAACCCAGGCUUACAACGCCCUGCGGGACGCGUUCGUCAAAUUAACUCACGACUUGCCAACCGCGAGUGGGGUGGCGUUGUUCGAUACGUGUUACGAUCUGUCUUCGAGGACCAGCGUCAGGGUCCCGACGGUGGCAUUUCAUUUCGGCGGCGGACAGUCGCUGGAUUUACCCGCGAAAAACUAUUUGAUCCCGGUGGACUCAUCCGGGGUAUUCUGCUUCGCGUUCGCUCCUACGUCGUCGUCUUUGUCCAUCAUUGGGAACGUGCAGCAGCAAGGGACACGUGUCAGCUUCGAUCUGGCUAAUAACAAGGUCGGGUUCUCUCCUCGUAAAUGUUAGGACGGUAAUUAAAUUAAUUACCGCUCUUCAGAGGAUUUUUUAGGUUAAUUUAUAGUUUUUAGUGUUAGUGUAGGGUGGGCCAGUUGAAAAGAUUGGUUCCCACUCGAAUAAAUUCCAAAGAAAAGAAGUUUGGGAUGGUGACGGUGUGGGGCAAUUAAUUAAAUUAUUUUAAAGCUUUUGAAAAAAAUCUGUGUGUGUUUUUCAGUUGAGUAGUGCAGUGGCAUUGCCAAGUAAAUUAGUUGAAACUCAAUGGCAACUUAUCUUUUAUGGAUCA